AUGGUAAAUUGUAUUUAAACAGGAUACAAGGACACCUAUACGAAGCCGCCGUGCUGCUAAAGCUAACCUUAGCUAGCUUUGAGGCAUUUCUCUACCAACGCAGAAUCCGCUAACUCUACAAUCAAAGUCUUUCAAAAUGAGUGCGGCUGCCUCCCAAAAAGUUGUCCUGAAAAGCACCACCAAAGUGUCCCUAAAUGAGCGCUUCACUAACAUGCUGAAGAACAAGCAACCCACUGCGGUAAGCAUUCGAGCCACCAUGCAACAGCAGCAUUUGGCUAGCGCCCGCAAUCGUCGGCUGGCCCAGCAGAUGGAGAAUCGGCCUUCGGUGCAAGCCGCUCUGAAUCACAAGCAGAGCCUAAAGCAGCGACUGGGGAAGAGCAACAUCCAAGCCCGGCUGGGUCGGCCUGUUGGGGCUCUGAUGCGUGGAGGACCUCCUGGAGGCAGAGGAGGAAUGCGCGGGAUGAACAGAGGAGGUCUUCGGGGACGAGGCAGAGGAGGCGUAAUGAGGGGAGCUCUGUCUCUGAGAGGGAAGCGAGUUUCUACAGGUGGGCCCAUGCGAGGCCGUGGUUCUGCCGGUCGUAUGGCAAUGCGUAGAGGAGGCCGCCAACGUGGUGCAGGUGUUGGAAGAGGAGGAGCUCUGUCCCGAGGAGCAGCUCGAGGAGUACCCAGAGGUCGCGGGGGGCUGCGUGGACGUGGUGGUUUUGCUGGGCGACGUGGACGUGGCCGAGGUGUCGGUAGACCGGCUGUUACCCGCGAACAGCUGGACAACCAGCUGGAUGCCUACAUGUCAAAGACUAAGGGACAUUUGGACGCAGAACUGGAUGCCUACAUGGCCCAGGCAGACCCCGACUCUAUGGAGUAAAGGACUGUGGACUGAGCACACAGAGGCGCUGAAGUCGGACGAACAGUGUAGUGUUGAUGUGCUGAGAAAUGAUUGUUAAUUUAGCUGAAAGUGAUGACACUUUAGGUGGCACCCAGUAGCGGUCUAAACAAUAUUGUGUGGGUCACUGCUCGGUUGUGCAUCGACCCGCUCGUUCAGAGCCCUUUUAAUUCUGGAGGGACUUCUUAUGCAUUAACAAACCCUGCUGUUUCUAGACUUCUGUGUCCAAGACGGGUUUUUUCCGUUGUCAUUUUUUUAUUUAUUUUUUUUUCUCCAAAGGGACAAACUGUCAAAAUUUUACAUUUGUUGAAAGCAGUUUUUAAAUGUGCUUUUCUUUUAAACAUUUGCCUGCUCGAAUCGUGGGAAUUCAGAAGUUUUAAGCAUCACUUUGUUUGCCAUUUGCUUAAAGUGAAAUGUUUUAGGUGAAAUUUGAAUUAAAGUGGAAACUAUUUCCUUAAUUGUGUCAAAUGUCUGAGUUUUAAAUAUGCAUUCACAUCCAGCCUCCACCCAAGAGCUGGCUGUCUUUGAAUGGGGGGGGGGGGGGUGAUGCUUUCACUUCUGCUGUUUUCACAAAGUAACUUUGAGGAUGCCAUGUUCAUUUUGGGCCGAAGAUGGUUUUGUUGCACCAACAGAAUAUAGUUCUCAUGAGUCUGUGGGGUAUCUAAUGAAGUCAGAGGACUUAGUGCCACAAAAAAAUAAACAACUUUUGGAAAAAC